GUGAGCAGCAGCCUCGGCCGGGGCUCAGCUGCAGGAGGCACUGGGCCUGGGGUGCCCCUCGUGACUUGCCAGAAACGUGCUGCUCUCUUGCCAGGAGCAAACAUCGUCAUCCUCACAAAUGGUUAACCUGCCGGGAGCUGCACAGCACUAAUGACUUCACGUUCAUUUAAUCAGCUUGGGCUUCCAGAGCGUCCACCUCAGGAGCAGGGAAGGCCGUGCACCCCUGCUCCCAAAGCCGCACCCCUGCCUCAGCAAUCAUUAAUCACCCCGGCCGAGAAGGAGCAGGCGGCAGGAGGAAAAGGCCGGCUCUCCGCAGCCCCCACGGGAGCGGCACAGGCAGCGCUGGCCGGUUCCCUGGGGUGGCAGCUCCUUCUCCGACCACCCUCCCCUGGGAGGCCCUGUGGAGGUGGCCAGCCCUGCACGCACUGCCCUUUCCUUCGGGAAGGUCACUCAGUCCAGGGAACGGGAGGCUCUGCCUGCUCCUGGGAGCUGCUGGGCUACGCCUGAGCUGGGGGCUCUGAAAGCCCAGGAGUUCCUGCCUGGCUGUACCGCAGCCUUCAUCCUUCGCCAUGCAGCACAAGGCAUUUUGGAGUGCCCUGGAGUACACCUGCCGAUUGCUGGGCAUCUCCACCGCAGCAGUGCUGAUCGGUGUGGGCGUAGAGACCCUGCAGCGAGGACAGUUUAAAAGCCUGGCUUUCUAUCUGCUUUUUUCAGGGGUUGCAGUUACUGUCUGUGAAGGCUUCUUCUUUAUCAGUUUGUUCCUGGAGAUGUGCUUCACUAACAAGCCUGAAUUCCUGGCACAGGCCUUCUGGAAGCGAGCUAGAUGCCCAGGGAGCUUCCAGAAAUUCCUGGGGUACACGCUGCUCUCAGUGGCUUGCUUCCUGCAUCCUGUCCUGGUCUGGCAUGUCACCAUCCCUGGGUCCAUGCUGGUGCUCACUGCCCUGGCCUACUUCCUGCUGAGCAAGAGGAGGAAGAGCCCAGCACACAAAGAGACACAUCCCCAGGCAGGUCAGUACGUGGACCCUUCAGCCACUGAGGCAGCCCCAACCAUCAUUGGUGACACGGAGCAGACCUACACCUUCCACGGGGCCCAGAGGGAGCAGCACCGCUCACUCCUGGGCCACAUGAAGAGCAUCCUGAAGGGCAGCAAGGACAGCAGCUCAGCCCCAGAAACUCCUGUCCAGCCAGCAGCCGUGCCAGGCCCUCGCAAGCAAGUGCACUUUCAGGAGAAGGUGGUGCAGAUCAUCCCCUCUGUCAGCGAGGACUUGGAGGAUGUGGAGAGUGAGGCAGAGGAGACCACAUCGGACACAACACCCAUCCUCACCCCACCAGAUGCCCCCAUCAUCAUCGCCCCUCUCAGCUCUGGCGGCCUCUUCUGAGCCCUCAGCAGGAAUGAGGGCAGGACAGACCUGCUCCCCUGGAACAGAAGCUCCAGCAGCCAGCAGGCCCAAGGAGGUGGCCCUUUUUGCCUUCUGUACUUUUGGGGUGACAGCUGCACCACCCCCUCUUCAAGGGGCUGCGUGCACUCCCUGGUCCCCUGCACUGUGGCAGGCCAGGGGACAGGCAGGGUUCAGCCAGGGUAGUGCCAGCACAGCGAGGUUUCUGCUCCCACAGCCUCACCCUGUGCACUGCACACCACUGCUGUGCUCCUCCUGACAUCGCAGCCACGGUGUGUGCUUUCCUUCUGGAGGGAAGACCUCCGUGCCCAGGAGCAGCCUCUGCUGGGACACUUGUGUCCCUCUGGCCCUCACUGCACAUGGCAGAGCUCAGGGCUAGGCUGAAUUCAGUGCUGCAGCCUGUGGGUUCCCUCUCAGUACCUGCACCCGCUGCGGCAGCUUGAGACUUGCAAAACAUAUUUUGGAGGUGGGCUGAGACCAAGCACAUCCCUGGCAUUAGCACUUGCUUAGUACCUUCCCAGGCACUCUGAGCCCAGCAGGGAAAUCAUCUCUGGCCUUGGGAACACCUAAGCAGGUGUCCCCUGCUUGGACAGCCCCCUUGAAUUAGAAGAUGAUAUGGCAGCCCAGGUCCUGAGGUUCAUCACCACACUGGUACAGCAGACUGUGUGUAACUCCAAUGUGUGUAAUUAUGGCCCCCAGAGGGCAAAGGCAAUAAUAAAAUUACCAUAAUGUCCCACCAGUUCCUUCCAUGCCAGGUCUUCCCUGAACCCCUUAACUCUGGCUUAAUCCUGGCAUAAUUUCUGCCUUUUGAGGACCAUUCAGUUGUAAUCAAGCAUUUCCCUCCUAUUCAGCUCCCACCUGAGGACACGUGGGAAGAGCUCAGGUAGCUGGGUUCCCUUGGACAUGGGACAAGAAGCCACACUGUCACUGCUGUUGGGCUGAAAAUCUAGAAAUGCUCUGAGCCCAGACACAUAGCUUUGGGGGAAAUUAUGGUAAUUAGAGAAAGUUCCUGGGACCUGCUAGACUAUUUAUAAGAUAGAAGCCAGUUAGCUGGCUGUUUAUCAUGUAAAUACAUUAUUUCUUCUAUUUAAGACUCAGCUCUCCAAGAGGCAAUCACCAUGUUCAUUUAGGAAAGCAGUGUAGGUCAAAGUGUAAUCAGAAGGCAAUUGAGAUAAACAACGAGUGCUACUUUUUAAUAAACUCUUUCUAAGUGACUUCUAAUUUGUGAUAUGGAUCAGGAAGAAGAUGAAAGAUAUUGACUCACAAUAUUUGACUGCCUGUGUUUAAUAAUGAAGCUGUUGACAAGAGCAGUUUAUGAAGGGUUACACACACUUGUCAGUCCUACAAUCAGACAUAAACAAAAAACUUUUUGUUGCGUCACCAAUAUUUAAAAUAGUAGCUGGUAUCAAUCUGCUCUAAACAUGAUAUAUGGAUUAGAGACCUCCUGUUUCUGGCAGCAGAAAUUAAUCUCCCACCCCAUCAUGGUGUGCUGGGGAAGAGUCACGUACACAUGUGCCUUUAGGGUGGAUUUGCACCUGUAAAAAUAUCUUUAGAAAAUUGUGCCCGGUUAACACUGCACAACUGAUAGCAGCAAGCCCAAGAUCCAACCACAGCUCCACCCUCUACCUGGUGUAUUCCUCACAUUAGGAGAUAAAAAAUAAAGCUAUUUUCCUCUGAAGCUGGUGACAGAAAUACCUGCGCCAACCAAGGUCCCAACCCACCCAUGCUAACAGGAUACCCACCCUGGCCUACUUUGCCCAAAAAGGCAGAGCUGGCUCCGCAGCUUCACCACAAAUCUGCUCUGCAAUUAAAUCCACUUUGAUCAGCAAAGUCAGCUUUCUGCAUCAUCCAAGGCUCUUCUUUGAACAUUGCUUAAUUAAUUGCACACAGGGAGAUCAACUUAAUUGAAAAGUCACUGCUCCCAAUAUAUGGAGCAAUCUGCUGACUGGAGAAGACUGUAUUGCUGUAGACUUUUUUCUCC